AUGGAAUCAGACAAUUUACAAGACCCUCAGGAGGAAACACUCACCUGCUCCCUCUGCCAGGGUAUCUUUAUGGAUCCAGUUUAUUUAAGUUGUGGCCAUAAGUUCUGCGAGGGUUGUCUCUUCCUUUUUCGAGAAGACCUCAAAUUUCCUGCCUGCCCCACGUGUAGUCAACCAUGCCACCAGGAAUAUAUAAAUGACAUUUCUANGAAGAAGCAGAUGUCCAUUGGCAGAAAGAAAAGAAGGCUCAUGGAAUAUUUGAAUUCUGAGGAGCACAAGUGUGUGACCCACAAGGCCAGAAAGAUGAUCUUCUGUGAUAAGAAUAUCUCAAAGUCCAUGAAGCUACGGGAGGAAGUGAUCAGGAGAGUGUAUGGAAAACAAUGUCCACCCCUCAAUGAAGAAAGGGAUCAAACUAUAGAGUGCAUGAGACAUCAAAGCAACACUGUUUUAGAGGAGCUCAGGAAAAGUGAAGCUAAGAUAGUCCACGAGAAAAAUCAACUAACAGAGGUGUAUCGGGAGCUGAUGACAAUGUCCCAGAAGCCAUACGAGGAGCUGCUGGUGCAGGUCCUUGGCUAUCCAGACUCCAGUUCUUGA